AUGGCGGACGUUUCGAGUCUCCACCGCCGUUGCCGCCCACAACCCACGGCUGACGCAGUUUCCUUCGUCGUCGACGAGGAGGAGCCCAACAUCUACAUCUUCGAUUACGACUACAUUUCGCCUCCCAAUCCCGCAUUUUAUAAUCCCCCAUUUGUCGAUUUCAGUUUCGCCCCGAAUCCGUUAUCCGACUCCGAGUCCGAGAAGUCCGAUUCGGAUGGGUCGGCCUCCUUCCAGUUCCCGAAUCCCUUCUUCUACAACAAUGAGGAAGAAGUGAGUUUCGUCACGGACUUGUUCCAGCCCCGAGAUGGACCCGUGUCGGAUGACGUGGAUAGGGUUUUUGGAGGUGUAUUCAAUGGCGCGAAUGUCCCUUUCGAGUUAGGGUUGGGUGAAUUCGAUGCGGUCGUGCUUUCUUCUGAAUCGCACGGGUUCCGGAGCUCCGACGGCCUCCGAGUCGUGGGGAUGGAAUCGGAGUCGGACUCUGAAGAUGCCGACGUUCAUUCCGCCAUCAUUGAUCCAAACGGUAGCUUGCGGGAGUGUCUCCGGUUUAACGAUCAAGACGAAGAAUUUGAGUGGGAAGAAGUGAACGAACGGGACGACGAGAGGGAAAAUUUGAGUUCAUUGAUCGAUCGAAUCGAAGAGAUUUCAGUUUCCUCCGGGAUAACCUCUUCCGAAGGAGAGAAUCCCAUUUCAGACAAUGGAGAAGAAGAGGAGGAACUGCGGAAUCUGGAGUGGGAAGUUCUGUUGGCAGUGAAUAAUCUGGAAAGACACCUGGAAUUGGAGGGCGAUGUUAUUGAUGAUGAAGUUUCAUACUUAAACAUUCAUGAUGAUUACAUUUAUCCAGCAGAUCAUGAUCCCCUAUUUGGACAAUUCUCAGAUGGAGGCUUGAAGGGCACCCCUCCUGCUGCCAAACACAUAGUUGAUAAUCUCCCCUCUGUGAUCCUUGGGGACGAUGAAAGCAAGGUUUCAUGUGCUGUUUGUAAAGAUGAUAUCUUGGUUGGAGAGAUGGUCAAUAGGCUGCCAUGCUCCCACCAUUACCAUGGCGAUUGCAUUGUGCCAUGGCUAACCAUUCGCAAUACGUGUCCUGUUUGCCGCCAUGAGUUGCCCACAGAUGAUGCUGAAUAUGAGAAGAAGAAACACCAAAGGCACACAAAUCCCCUCAAUGACUUUGAGGUUAGAUACAAUUUUGAAUUUUUACCUUGA